CUGAAGACGAUUCGCGUUGGUUUCAUACCAUCGCGUUCGUCCCCUUUACGGCAGAGGCCGCUGGGACGUCUUCCCGGGACACGAGUUCUGUGUCGGGGAAGGGGUCGCGUGACGGCCGAUGGGACGCUUUUCGUCAGUGAAUUCCCCGUGACGAUGGGUGCCCUCGCGCCCUCCAAAGAGGACCUCGUCGGUGCCGGGUUUGGCGAUGAACGGACGGCCUACUUCAAAUGGAGGCGCAUCCAGUUGGAACAGCGUGUGCGACACGUCGCCGAUUCCUCUGGCAGGCAGCGACCGACGGAGGCCAAGGUGGCAGCCGUCGUAGCCAGGGAGAAUUGGAAAACCAAUGUCCCCUCCCUCCCGGAUGUGUUCAAGGCGUGGGUCUCCCCUUUGAAGGCAGCCAUCGAGGACGACGAAGGCGUCCUCAAGUCGGUGGUGGAGCAACGGUGGAAGGGGAUAGAUUUCAAGGACUAUGGAGAACACAAGGGCAGAGGCGUCAUCGCCACCAUGCCGUUCCCCAAGGGGCACGUGAUAUGCGACUAUCACGGGAAGCUCAUCCCUGAAUCCGAGGGGAAGAGGCUGAUGGAUGCAAUGCAGGAGGGAGUGGUGAGCUACCUCUUUUUCAUCAGGGGCAGGCUAGGCACCAAGCUGUGCGUCGACUCCCAGAACUUCCCCUGCGAGUGCCACCCUGGAAAGGACACCUUUGGGAGGCGCUUGAACCACUCGGGCAAGGCGGCCAACGUGAAGCCUGUGGUGUUCCAGCUCAACUUUCCAGACGGAGCCAAAGACACUAGCUCCUUUUGGACUAUGGCGUGA